UUCACCCGAUUAAGGUUAAUACAUAUCAAGGUUGUCUUUUCUUUUCAGCUUAUAUACUAAAACUUUGUUUUUAAUAGAAGACAAUAUAGAGUUAGGAAAAAUGGCGCACACCCUUUUUCAAUUCGUAGUGUUUUUAUUUGGAAAACUGCACUUUGAAAGAGUAUCAGGUGCUAGCUGGUCAUACGAGGGGACAAAUGGUCCCUCUUAUUGGAAGGAUAACAACCCAAUAUGUAACGGUCAGUCGCAAUCCCCGAUCAAUCUACCACCCCUGGCCGAGGUAAAAUAUGACAGGAAACUCACUCCCUUCCGGCUGCACGAUUUCGACAAGCCGGGCUCUGUGUACAACCUAACCAUGAAGAACAACAAACAUACUGUUCAGGUGGACGUUGAGGGCGGAUCCACUUUGAUGGUGUCGGGUGGAGGGUUGAUUCACUCCACAUACAAAGUGGCGCAGUUCCACUUCCACUGGGGCAGCGACAACACCAAAGGAUCUGAGCACACUUACAAUGGAAUCUCUUAUCCCAUGGAGCUUCACAUUGUGACCUUUGACAGUCGUUACAGCUCGAUCUCAGAAGCUGCAGACAAAAGCUCCGGACUAGCCGUCUUGGGUUUCUUUUUUGAGAUUAACGACGACAAAAACUGUAACUACUCUCCCUUGGUGGAUCUUAUGAUGAACGUAGCAGCAGGAGGGACAACUGUUACUCUCCCUGAUUUUAAAUUGCGCCAUCUGAUGCCUAUGAUGUUUGGCGACUACUUCCGGUAUGAUGGCAGUCUAACCACGCCUCCCUGCUUUCAAUCGGUGCAAUGGACAGUGUUUUGGCAGAAAAUUCAUAUUUCCUCCGCCCAGAUGGCUAAGUUCAGGCAGUUGUAUGGAGAUACGCAGUCUUAUAGCUUAUCCAAUAACUACCGCCCAGUUCAGCCUCUUAAUGGUCGCUCAGUCAGGACUAACGUCAACAUUCUAGAAACUGCAUCCGGUUCCGGUCAUGUGUUCCAAAACAAUGUGAUAGUUUUCUUUAUGAUUAUGUUUCCUUUUAUCAUGUCUUGCUUUUAAAUUUACCGGGGUUUUGUUUAUCUACAUAAUCGAAAUAUUUUAAAUUCUCAUUAUUUUUGUACAAUCUAUGUUGACAUAUCAUUUAACUUUGUUGCAAUAAUGUUUUAAAAGAUGAAAUCAGUUAGUGUGUCACAAAAAACAUUGAUUAUGGACGCAAUGGCCCAAAUGACAUGCCAGUAUUGUGUGUGCCGUUGUCUGUAUAGAUACUUUGAAACCUGAACAUGUAUUGUGUUCAACGCGUAUUAUGCCUUAAGUUUCAAGUGUCAAACAUUCAUAAAAAACAAUAGAAAAAGAAACAAGUAUCGUGUAAUCUCAAGAUAAUAGAACUGGAACGAUAAUUUAGGGGGGGGGGCUUAGCCCCCUCCCCCCCCCCCCCACUUUUUUUUGCAAAGUUAGACCUAACCAUUAGGCACAUAGCAGAAUAGAAAAUAGGAAAUAUAAUUAUUCCUUAAUGUACCCCCCCCUCCCCCACGGAUUAGGAAUUUCGUGAUUUUUGAAGGAAAAAAAAUUUGGUAGGUAAUAUUUUUGGGAGUUGAUUUUAAUCAACUCUCCUAUGCAGUUACUCUGGCAAACAGAAAGUGAAACAGUGUUUGGACCUAAGCACAAAUCAUCACCGCUGACAAGACUUAGUUCUUGAAAAUAAUAGAAAAAUUCGAUGUAAUGUAUGCUGAAACAUUGUUUUUUUUAAGGAAACUUAUCUAUAAAUACUUUGAAAAUAGUCAGAUUUUAUAUAAUACGAACAGUUUAGAUAUUUUUGUAGUCCUACACCAGAGUUUAAUAAACAACCAGACGCUCGGCUGUCUCCAUAAAUCUCUGACAAGCAGAGAGGCUCUCUUGCCAAUCGCAACUUCUCGGGCCUUUCCGGCAAUCUCGGAGACAAUGUGUUUUUUCGAGCUUGCCGGAAAGGUCCGAGAAGCUGCGAUUGGCUCUCUUGCUUGUCGGAGAUUAACGGAGACAGCUGAGCGUCUGGUUGAACGAGACUAGAGUUCGAUAUCAAUAGUGCCUGGAUCCAUACGAUUCUUAGAAUUGGUUCAAUUACUAAUACAUACAUGUAGUUUGAAAUCUAUCUUCAAAUAUUACACAACAUGAUUCAUAUGGGGUUUCUUGAAAUUCUUGUCGGUAAAGUCUGAAAAUUCAUAAUAAAAAAAGCAAUUCAAGUACAGACUAGAAACUAAUUGCCAUGCAAGAUAAGUUGAUUUUAAAAUAAAUUAUAAUCGAUAAAAUCAACUCCCGUCAGUACUUCAGUACUUUGAUUUUUUACUGGAGCUACAGGAAUACCCCCCCCCCCCCGGAUUAGGAUUUUCAAUUUGUUUCCGACGCCAGUGCAAAGUAUACAUACUUGAAUAUAAGUCACAAAUUUUGGUUAAUUCUUUAGUUUUUUUUGUGAAGAUAUCAUUACGCAAGUAUGUUAUUUUAUUUGUACGACACAUUUAUUCAAGGAUUGUUUAUGAUACUAAAACAUUCUGACGUGUGUUGUUAAUAAUAAUAAAUCAAAACUCAAACACAACACUGUCUAUAUACUGUCUAUAUAACAUGUAUAACAAGAUGAAAGUAACAUUUUGAAAGGAAGAUGAGAUUUUGAAUUUCCCCACAGAUAUCUUCAGUUUCAUUUGUAGGAUAUCAAAUUAUAAUAAUGAAAUAAUGAUUAUAAUAUUUUUUUUUAUUAAAAACUUUUAUAUUGAUA